CUGCCAGACUUGCUGUCUCACUAAUCUUUCAGAAUCAUGAUGGAGCUUUCAUAUCAAUCCAUGAAAAUUGCUCAUCAAGCCCGGGAGGCGGAUGAGCUGAGGACUGAAAUGAGGAGGAAGAGCCUUCUCAUCCUCAUCUACCACCACCUGCUGGGGCAAGGCUAUGUGGCAGCAGCAGUGGCCUUGGACCAGGAGACAAAUGGAGGUGUGAGGAAGUUCGAGGUUUGCGAUAACAUCGAUCUGGAGAUGGUGCUGAUGGAGUAUGAGAGUUAUCACUAUGUCAAGUUCCAGAAAUAUCCCAAACUUAUCAGAAGAACAGUAGAACCAGGUGAAAACAGAAUUGCAAAAGGUGGAGUAAAGAGGAGUCCUUGUUCAGCUGUAAAGCCUCUUCCCAAAAUCAAUCCGUCCCAGAGGCCACAGUCUGGAAACGGAGCAAAGAAGGCAGCCGCCAGUGAGAAUGGUUCGUCUGUUCCUUCAGAGUCAUCAGAGUUUGGUCUCAGUGUUUCCUCCAUUAAAAAUGGACCAGCAGGGGAAGUAGCCACAAUCAGGAAGGGACAGGUGACUGAUGGUAAGGGUUUAAUCCAGGAUGCUGUCAAAGGAUCUGGCAUUGACUCAGACCACAUGGAACGGCUGCUGAAGCCCCUCAGUGGCUUUUCUGGAAUGAGUGGUGAAAUGACAGAACUGGCUGCAAUCAUCAGCAGGGACAUCUAUUUGCACAGCCCCAACGUGCGAUGGGAGGACAUUGUCGGCCUGGAGGACGCCAAGCGAUUAGUCAAAGAGGCCGUCGUCUAUCCCAUUAAGUACCCACAACUGUUUACAGGCAUUCUGUCUCCAUGGAAGGGCUUGCUGCUCUAUGGCCCCCCAGGCACAGGUAAGACGCUUCUGGCCAAGGCCGUGGCCACAGAAUGUAAGACGACCUUCUUCAACAUCUCAGCCUCUAGCAUCGUCAGCAAGUGGAGGGGAGACUCUGAGAAACUGGUCAGGGUCCUGUUUGAGCUGGCCAGGUACCACGCCCCAUCCACCAUCUUCCUGGAUGAGCUGGAGUCAGUGAUGGGCCAGAGAGGAACCAGCAUGGGAGGAGAGCAUGAGGGCAGUCGCAGGAUGAAGACAGAGCUGCUGGUUCAGAUGGACGGACUGGCGAAAUCAGAAGACCUGGUGUUUGUACUGGCUGCCUCCAACCUGCCUUGGGAAUUGGACCACGCCAUGCUGAGGAGGUUAGAGAAGAGGAUUCUAGUGAGUCUUCCACAGUCACCUGCUCGCCAGGCUAUGAUCUCUCAUUGGCUGCCUCCUCUCAACUCCACAGGAGGAGUGGAGCUACGAACUGAGUUGGACUAUGAAACCCUGGCAAAAGGCAUGGAGGGUUACUCUGGCUCUGAUAUCAGAUUGGUGUGUAAAGAGGCUGCCAUGAGACCAGUCCGCAAGAUCUUUGAUGCUCUGGAGUCACAUCAGGAUGAAGACACUGACUUGCCAGCCAUCCAACUGGAAACUGUGACAACAGCUGACUUCCUGGAAGUCCUCGCACACACCAAACCCUCAGCCCGAAACUUGAUGGACAGAUACACAGCCUGGGAGAGAGAGUACGAGUCUGUCUGAAGACUGAAGAAUAAACA